AUGUCUAACCUGCCUGUGUCUCCCAUCACGCCCUCUAAACGCCUACCCCCGCCAUCGCCACUGCGAUCUGCAACGCUUCCAGUACCACCGACAUCCCCGCUUCCAGGUGAUAGAGAGCGCAAGCAGAGCAGCAGGGCAAGGGAUCUACUCAGGAAGCACUAUGGACUCGGAGUCGGUGUGCCGCAGCCCAGUGGCAAAGAGAGAGAUCCGAUGGACUUGGAUUCGCCAGCAUUUGACGCGAAGGCAUAUUAUGACCAGUUAAUCACGACCGCUUCCUUGCCUACUCUGCUUAGACGCGAGAACGAGCUGUUAUCUGGUUUAGAAAUCCGUCAAUUAGAUAGCGAACGCCAAGCCUUGGUAUACAACCACCAUCAUGAACUCAUUGCUGCCAGCGACACGAUAGCUGCUAUGAAAACACGCGCGGAGUCCCUGGACCCCGAUCUUGACCGCCUCCGCGAGAUCUUCUCGGAAAUAUCUAGGCUGGGAGCGGAUGUAGCAGUCGAGACGGAGCAGGUGCCACCGCACUGUGAAGCGGACAAGUCAUAA